AUGAAGAGAAGCCUCCACCACAAAGGUUACUCAGACAACAUUAGGUUCUGUUACUACAACAACUAUAGCUUGUCUCAGCCACGCUACACCUGCAAGAAUUGUCGUCGACUCUUGACUCAUGGUGGGACUUUAAGGAACAUAUCAACUGGUGGAAGUGGCCGUAAAACCAACUGUCCAAGGAUAGAUCAACCAUCUGUUCCUCAGGUUGUUCCUGUUGAGACCCAACAGGUUAAUCAUCACCAACCUUUUCGUGAUCAAGAAGAAACCAACGAUUUUCUUGGAUCUACUGGUGGUUCUUCUUCUCCUACUGUUACUACUAUUGUUGGGAACCUUGUUGGAUCCAGUGAUCUGGUUGGUAAUCCUUUGACUAACCAAUAA